UCCCUCUCAUUCCCUCAUUCGCUCUCCUGGACAAUUAUUUCAUACCUUUUAUCCUUGUAUUUUCAGUACUUCCUUUCUGACCUUCAGCUGAUCAUCUUUAUUUCUAUUUCUCUAAACACAUAGACACAGUAAGAACAGAUCCACCACAGCCCCCCACCACACACCACACCUCACCUACUCGUGAGCCCUUAUACCCCCUCUCCCAUCUGGGACGGACUGUCCCUGUCAAGGUCACCCCUCCGCUUGUCCUCUGCUGCCUGCGCUCUGGCAGUUCUCCCCUGUGUCUCACCCAAUUUUCUUUCUCUGCUGGGAUUCCCAUCUGCUUACAAACAUGCGGUUACCUUCCCCAACCUAAGUUACCCUUUCUGGACCCCGUAUCCUUUUUGUCUAAAGGAAAACUCAGAAGGAUUGUGUGACUUGCCAUCUCUUUUGAACCCACUUCUUUCUUGCACUCUUGUUGUGGCCACCAGGGGCCUCCAUAACUUUAGGUCCAGUUGUCACGUGUGGUCCUCAUUUUGCUUGGCCCCUGGGAUCUGACCCAGCGGGUGCUCUGUCCUCUUUGAAGUGCAUUCUUCUGGCCAUCAGAAUACUGUACUUUACCUUUUGUCUCUCUGGUUUUUCCCUUCUCAUCCCUUUGUAUUUUCUCCUCUUUUCUAUUUUCUUUCAUUUCCUUGGUGACCUCAUGCAGUAUUAUGGCUUUUAAUACUGUAUGUUGUCAACUCUCAACUUCAUAUACCCCUAGUCCAUCUUCCAGACUCUUAUUCAACUGUCUCCUUAGCAUUUCAACUUGGAUGUCUAAUUGAUCUGUCACACUUCACAACCCCCUCACCCCAUGCUUCCCUGGCUCCUGCAGCUGCCAUAUUUGUCUUACCUUCAUCUCAGUUGCAGUGUCAUUUGUCCUGGCCAAAACCUUAUGUCACCCUGACCGUUCUCUUUCUCUCAUACCUCACAUCCAAUUGCUCUGCAAAUUCUGUUGACUUGAACUUCAAAAUAUAUACUAGAUGUACUCAUGGGUGUAUGACCUGUGCUGUCUCACAGGGUCCUGUGCUUUUCUGUUGCUGUCUUGAAAUUCUUAACAAUGAAAAUAAAUUAAUAGUAAUAAAGUAGCAUAGAAUUGAUCAUCCUAACCAUUUUUAAGAGUACACUUCUGUUUUAAGUAUAUUUACAUUGCUGGGCAACCAGCCACCAUGACUUUUUCAUCUUAAAACAUUGAAACUAUACACACUAAACAACGGCUCCCUCCUGUCCCCUUCCCCUCUGACCCUAAUACACUGACUUUGACUAAAACUCGGCAAUUUAAAUGUAGCUUGAAUGAUUUCCUUAGUAUCUUGUAAAUAAUCUCCAGUUCAGUUGAUGUUCCAACAAUGAGACUUCUACUAUAACCAGACUGUGAAAAUUACUGUACUAAGACAUCUGUUUCUUCCAUUCAUGCAACAAAUACUAAGUUCCUCACAUGACAGACACUGUUCUAGAUUCUGAGGAGAUGGCAGUAAAUAAAACUCCCUGCCCUUAUGAAGCUGACAUGCUAGUCGGGGGCAGGGGGAAUGAAGAUAUUAAGACAUCAUAAAACAUACUUAGUGUCAGAUGGUGAUAAGAAUGAUGGAGACAUGGAGCAGAGAAGAGGGAUACAAUGUCGGCAUGGAGGUGGGACUGUAAUUAAGUGGUCAGGAAAGAAUUUAUUGAGAUGUUCUUUGAGGAAAGAUGUGAAGGAGAUAAGAAAUGGAGCUGUGAAGACAUCUGAAAGAUCUUCCUAGGCAGAGGGAGCUGUGAGGAUGGGAAGUUCAAGGAGCAUGAGGAGAGCUCACCAUGGAUGGAGAGGAGUGACUGAGGGAGAGACAGGAUAUGAAGUCAGCGGUGGUGGGGAGGGCAGGCCGCUCAUGUGGAGUCCUGAGACCGAGUAUGGAGAAGAACAGCAGGAUCUGUUUAAAGAACCAGAUCUAGUGUUGAGAUUAUAUGAAAGCAGAGAGAUACUGGUUGGGAGGCUACUGCAGUAAUCCAAACAAAAAAUUUGGUGACUUAGAUCAGGUGGGAGGUGGGAACAUCCAGGCGGACCUGGGUACAGAAUUCAUGGGCUCUGGUACAAAAUGAAAGUGCAGGACCCCUUGUUCAAAAAAUUGAUCAGAAUUCUUAAAUGGCAUAGUCACUGUGGAAAAUAGUGUGGUGGUUCCUCCAAAAAAUAAAAAUAGAGUUGCUGUAUGAUCCAGUACUUCUUUGGGGUAUAUAUCCAAAGUACAUUGGGUAUAUAUCCUUCAGAAUUGAGGGCAGAGUCUCAAGCAGGUGUCUGUCCACCCAUGUUCACAGCAGCACUAUUCCUCAGAGCCAAGAGGUAGAAGCGACCCAAGUGUCCACUAGCAGACGAAAGCAUAGACAAAAUGUCUAUACAAACAAUGAAAUAUCAUUCCACCUUAAAAAGGAAGGAAAUUCUGACACAAAUAGAGUUCCAGACAAACAGAACCAAUAGGAUAUAUAUAUGAAUAGAAAGAGAUUUAUGAUAAGAAAUGGGCUCACAUGAUUCUGGAGACUGAGCAGUCCCAAGAUCUGCAGGGCAAGUCAGCAGGAGAGCCGAUGGUAUAGUUCCAGCCCAAAGGCCCACAGACUCAAGACCCAGGCAGAGCUGAAAUUUCAGUUAGAGCUUGGAGGCAGUGAGCAGGAGGAAUGCUCUCACUUGCAGGAGGGUCAGCCAUUCUGUUCUGUUCAGAAUAUUGCAGUAGCCUCCUAACUGGUAUCUUCAACUGAUUGGAUGGGGUCUGUUCACAUCAGGCAGGGCAACCUGUUUUAUUCAGGCUACUAAUUCAAAUAUUAGUCUCAUCCAAAAACACCCUCACAGAUAACACUGAGAAUGGUUUUUGACCAAAUGUCUGGUCCCCUGGUGGCCCUGUCAAAUUGACAAAAAAUAAACCAUCACAGUCAGACUUUAAAUUCAGAAAAGAUUGAGUAAUUUCAGUUUAAAGGAUUUACUGUCAGCAGUCUGCUCAAAACAAGAGAGUCCACUGAUUUAGAUACUCAGGAACUGGUAAACCUUUAAGGGUUAUAAGUACCAAAUAGUAAGAUUAAGAACAACAAAAAAUGUCCUUGUAUUAAUUAAAUCUAGUCAUUAUAAUUUGACUUUGUUCCUGUAACUAACUGGGGGUAUGUCUUUAGCUCCUCCAGUUUAAGGGUGUUUUUAUCUUUCCUGAACAUGAGGAAAGUUUUUCUUGUCUUAUUUAUGAAGAAUGUUUGGAAGCAGGAUGUUUGUUUAUUUCACGUCAGUGGGCAGGGCAAUAGAAAAAUAGCCCUAGCUUCUUUGGCGUUCAUUAUCAUAGCUCUGGUCCUUGGAUUAGUGACCCCUAGAAUGUGCCCUGUUCUGUGCAGUAAACAGAAUUCAGAACUAUGUGCACACCAGGUAGACAAGGUGUGGUGGUUUCUAUCAAGCAACUGGUGUUACCAGAGCAGUUAUUGCACACACGGAGUGCGGAGGCCAGGAAAGCCAAAGCCGGGGAGGGGCUUCUGCAUGAUUGAAAGACACAGAGGCUCGUGACUUCUGUAACAACACACUAACAAGUAAGAGACGUCCCUCAAGUCCGUGUCUGAAGCCAGAAGUCUUUGAUUUCCAUAGGUCCCAGCUUACGUAACAUCUCUUGCUUAAUUGCCCUUUAAACUGUUUUAUGGCUUUAUAGCAGCCUGUAAAAUGUGGUUUCCAAAUAUGACAAGUGCUGAAAGGCUGAAGGGGAGAGUUAUUCUGAAGUUGUAAUCACUAAAUCUAUAGCUGCUCGCCUGAGAGUUUAGCCUUUCCAAGAAAGGGAGAGGAACUGCCAGCGAAGCCGAGUGGCCAUGGGGCGAUACUCCGGAAGAAGCUUCCGUCUUAUCCUCAUGUGCGUCGUGAGCAUCCUCCUUUUUGUGAUGGAACUAGUGAUCGCCUACGUAGGCAACUCUCUCUCCCUGGCCUCCGAUGCUUUUGCUGUCCUUUCCCACUUUGUUUCCAUGGUCGUAGGUUUUUUCACCUUAAGGGUCAGCAAUAUAAAACAGCACAGGAAGAGCACUUUCGGUUUUCUCCGGGCAGAUGUUGUGGGAGCAUUUGGCAACUCCAUUUUUGCUGUGGCACUGAUGUUCAGCAUCCUGAUUGAAGCUGUCAAAAGAUAUAUUAAUCCCCAGAAGACAGAGAGGCCGCUGCUGGUUCUCAGUGCCGGAGUUAUUGGGCUGUUCUUCAACGCUCUUAACUAUGUCGUCUUGGACUGCUGCUACUGCACAGCACACGGGCCCCAGGGAGACACGGAAACAGGUGAUUCCCUGAACACCCAGAAUGAGCCAGAGGAGACUGUGAAAAAGGAGAAGAAGUCCGAAGCCCUGAAUAUCAGAGGUGUACUUCUGCAUGUGAUGGGAGAUGCCCUGGGGUCGGUGGUUGUGGUGAUCACAGCCAUCAUAUUCUAUGUGCUUCCUCUGAAGCCCGAGGAUGCAUGUAACUGGCAGUGCUACAUCGACCCCAGCCUGACUGUCGCCAUGGUCAUCAUCAUUUUGUCAUCGGCCUUCCCACUCAUGAAGGAGACCGCUGCCAUUCUGCUGCAGAUGGUCCCCAAAGGAGUCAACGUGGAAGAGCUGAUGAGUAAACUCUCUGCCGUGCCUGGAAUUAGCAGUGUACAUGAGGUGCACAUCUGGGAGCUUAUAAAUGGGAAGAUCAUUGCCACCCUGCAUAUCAAGUAUCAGAAGGACAGAGAAUAUCAGGAUGCCAGUGUAAAAAUUCGAGAAAUCUUCCACCAGGCGGGAAUCCACAAUGUGACCAUCCAGUUUGAGCAUGUGGACUUGAAGGAGCCCCUGGAAGAGAAGGACCUGCUGCUGCUCUGCAGCGCACCCUGCAUCUCCAGAGCCUGCGAGAAGCAGCUGUGCUGUCCCCCCAGGGCGCUGCCUCUGGCCCACGUCAAUGGCUGUGCUGAGCACAAUGGCUGCCCCCCUCUGGACCCAUACCAGAGAGAAAGCACAGACGUGGCUAUCGAAGUAUCUCUGGAAGGCUGUCUGAGUGACCACGGACAAGCUGUCAGCAAAACUCAGGAGGACCAAGGUCUUGCCAGCAGUACACAUUUUUAACCUGGCGCCCCCUUAAACAGACUGCAUCGAUGAGGCCCGCUGGAAGCAGCAGCCUGGCUUGUGGAGGGAGCCGUGCGGGCGGUAGGCCCUGCCCAAGCCUGCCGUGCGCGCUGUCCGCGUUCAGCGCGGGUGGGUUGGCUGGGAUGUUAGUUGAGUGUGUCUUCAUUUUCAUGUGACUGAGAACCCUUUACAUUGUCCUGGGUGUCUUCUGCUGCUCUUCUUCGACCGUUUUAGUUUGGACAUUUUGGACAAUUAUUCCCUGAAGCCAACUACUCUUGUAUAUGUAUCAGGGACAUUGAACACUGGGACUGAAUGGCCGUGGACACAGGAUUCAAAGUAGUUUUUGUUUUAAACUAAUUAGAACUUGUAGCUGACUCUCAGGUGAGCUCAUAGCCAAGUACGUCAAAAAUCUUUAAUAACCAUAAUAGCUAUUUUUUCCCCCAAUUCCACUAUAAGAUCAUAAAAGAGGAAAGUUAGGUAAUUCUGUCAUUUUCGACUCAUUUUUGAAUAAAUAUCAAAUAAAUGCCCAUGAAGGUGGAAAAUGCUCUCAGAACAUUAGAAGAAGUAGAGUUUAAGGGCAGAGGGUAGGAGGAAAAUGCUUUGCGACUACCUCUUGGUUUUAUGAGGUGGAGAGAAAACGUGUCCUUUUUGCUGUGAACUACAGCUAUAGUGUGUUUCAAAUGUUUAAAUAUAUAGUAUGCUUUUUUUUCACUUGGAAUUUUGGGAAUAUUUCUGCUUCCUGAAGUGUGACAUAAGUACUUACACACUAUCUUGUAGAGUCAGUCCAGUUGGAACUGUCUUCAUUUAUUGCUUAAUAAUGACUUAGUUGUUCCAGUUUCCUUUGAGUCUUCUUUGAUGUGAUCACAUUGAUCAGUGUAGCAUUUACCUGGAGAAAAUGAAGUAUUUCUCGAAUAUAUGACAUUGAGUAUUCAUUCCUGCCAAAAAAAUAACUAGAUUGUCUUUUCUUUAAUUAGACGUAUUUUAAGGUAUUUAUUAUAGUUGCCAACUAGUAACUUAAUGGGCAAAUGUGCAGGGAGAAAUGAGAAUUUAAUUGCUGCCUUCAAUGUAUUUUGAAGAGUUUACACUUUUUUUGUAUGUCUCUGACCCAUAUUACCAAGUUCAAAUAAAUGUGCUAGAAGCUAGUUUGGACCCGUAACUAACCUAUAUUAGUAUUGGAGACAAAUCUGCCAUGUAUUUAACAAAUUGUUUAAGCAGCAAUAUUUUAAUCAGAACAGUCUCCAAAUAGGUAUGAGAAAAUUGGAGGUACCUUACUAGAGAACUAGAAUCUUCUUUAAUGGGUUGUAAAAUUGAAAAUGAUCAUCUCAGACUGUAAGCACCGAGUCCUCUUUAGAGUCUGCACAGUACUUACCAGAAAUGCCGGGUUGCUAAUGGAAAAAACACCCACAUUUUUUCAGCACAAACACCGCUUUAAAAAGGUGGCUUUCUUAAAUUCCAAGUCUGAAAUAAGUAAGCAACUAUGAUCAGUAGGAUAGGAAUCUUUUCAUACCUCAAAAAUGUAUUAUCUGAGUUUAAAUUGUCCAUAAAUGAGGUAAAUAGAAGAAUACCUAAAUAUGUUUUUAUCCUUAGGAGUAUUUUGGACUAGGCUACAUAUAUACUAUGGAGCUAAGAAAGGGGUAAAAUUUAAGAAAACAUUUUUAUUUUUAAUGUUAAUAUUUUGUCAUGUACUCAUAAAAAACAGGGCCUCUCUAUGAAACACGUCAAGGUGAUACAUGGACCAAAUUCUUCUGGAAUAAUUGUUGGCUGAGAUGAUUUGGAGUGAAAGAAGAAAUUUGUCUCAAUUCCAGAUUUAAAAGUCUAAUUUGAUUUCUCACCAUUUUGCUUUUAUUAAAAGGAAAAAUCACAAAUCUAUAAUUUUUGUUCAGUUGGCUAAAGGAUUGCCUAUUAGUUUACAUCCAAAUAGUGUUCUGUAAAUUUAAUCUCUAAAGCAUUUUUCUGGAAAGGAAAAGGCACUUAAUUCCAAUAUAAUUAAAUCUAACCUCAGAGAAAUUUGUUGCUAGACACUUAGGAACAUCAAAUUAUGGACUAGAGCCAAUAAAAUAAUAUCAAAUUUUGGUCUAGAGCUAGUAAAAUAAUACUGGUAUAAGACA